AUGGCAGGGUCCUCUCUCCACGCGUCCAACACUCAUCUCUUCCUGUCACCUUCAUCGACUCCACUUCUCUCUCUUCUCUGUACCUCGCUCAUUCCCUCCCUCACUCAAUCAACGCUAAUCGCCUAAUCGACUCACGCCACCGAUCAAUUCACCAUUACUGCUCACCACAUCACCUCCCAAAAAUUAUUCUCACUCAGCAAUGGCGGACGAUACUGCUCCCAAACAGCCCAACGGCGACGAAUAUUCUGACCACCCGCAGGACCUCACCCUCCUCAACCGCCUCAUUGCUGCGAUUUUCUUCCCCAGCCCUAAUUCCUCCCCCCCUCUGCUCCACAGGAUCAAAACCGCCCUCGCCGAGAAUGUUCCCCUUCUUCGCGACGCUUCUAAGAACACUGCUGCUCGCGUUCUGCAGUGGACUCGCCGUGGAAGCCCUCUCCGCGCGUUGCUCGUUGUAUCCGUAGGGACAAUUGUUUUCCUAACAUUGGCGGGAUUGUUAGUUUUCAUGCUAUUCUUUGUUGCUGCAACCGUCAAUGCUGUUGUCAUUUCUCUUGUGAUGUCAUUAGCAGCAGCAGGAGGAUUCUUGGCUAUUUUCUUUGCCUGUGUUGCAGCCAUUUAUAUUGGAGCAUUAUCCGUAGCUAUAUUUGUCAUCUCUGCAGCAACAAUUUCUUGUAUCAUUGCUGUUCUUAUUGCCGCAGGUUGGAUUGGAUUCUUUUGUACAUUGUGGAUUGCAGCGCAGAAAAGCAUAGGCCUGGCCAAACAUUCCAUUUCCGUCACAGGGUCGGCAGUUUCAGCCUACUCAUCCGCUUGGCACGACAAACGUGGCCAGGUCUCAAUGAAAUCGGACUGAGGCCUCAUGGAUCAUGAUGUGCGUGUAUAUCCAAAUGCUGUGAGUUUUAUUCUAUCCACCUCCACGUUGCGCUGCUCUAUUAUGUAAGUAUCAAUAAGGAUGACGGGUUGUCUUGUGUAUAGCGUGCUAGCAUCUAAGGAAACUUGGUAGAUUGCCGUACAUAGCUUCUUUAUACGUCUUAUCUUUUUAAAAGCUUAGUACUAUUUCUCUUUUGAGGUAUUUCAUAUUCCCUUUUAGAGGAUUUGCAGUUUGUACCAUAUUAUGAUCAAACUCACGCUCCCAUUAGAGAUAUGAAAUGGAAUUUUGUGGAUA